CUCAAUUUUUUCAUUUCUUUGAAAAUAGGUAUUUGCUUUGGGUCAUACCAUGAAGCCAGAGACUAUGGGCAUAUGGAUGUGGAUUUUACCAGAAAAAAUCAGGGAUAAGAAUGGUCGAGAGAUUACAAUAAUUCUCCUUGACUCUGAAGGGAUUGACUCUGUUGAAUCUGAGGCUUCAAGCGACCACAGGAUCUUCACAUUGUCUUGUCUGCUGUCUUCGAUUUUACUCUACAAUUCAGUUGGAGUUCCAAAAAUGAAAGAUUUGAAUGAUUUAGAGUGCGUGACUCAUCUCUCUCAGAGAAUUCAACUUAAGGCAGGGACAAGGAACAAAGACGAAGCGCACUAUGCUUCCAAAGUACUUCCAUUCUUCAUUUGGCUCCUAAGAGAUGUCACUCUUGCUAUUCCAAAUGGACAUGCAAGCUUCAAGGAUUAUCUUCUCAGUGAGGUCCUGAACAAAGACAAUAGAAACCAGACUGAAAGUGCAAGAAAAGCAGCAGAAAACAUCCUGGGGUACUUCCCUGACUUUGACGCCUUAGCUUUCCCUCCACCAUCUUGCAAGCCUUCGGUUGUCCAAAACCUGUCCGAUCCAAACGUGAGGGACAGAAUAAACCCCUUAUUCCUGAGCACUAUCGAGGAAUUUAGAACACAAUUCCUGUUUCCUUCAUUGUGUCCAAAGAGGUCUUCCAACGAAGGAGAAUGGGUAACAGGAGAAGGGUUGGCCGCAUUGGUUCAACUGUUCGUACAGGCUCUCAACAUUCCUGGUAAUGUGCCCAACUUUCAAAACACUUGGGACAUUUUUGUUGAAACGACUUGUGGUGAAGCUGUUAAGGAGUCAAUCGAGAUGUACAAAGUGGAGAUGGCGUCCCGAGUUAAGAACAAAAUCCCUUGCGAUGCUGACAUGCUUCGCUUGGCCAACGAAGAAGUGAUGCAAAAGUGCGUGCAGAACUUUCUGACGAAAACAGCUUCUUUAUCGACAAACAGCAUCAAAGAGUUUCAGGAAGACCUUGAGGUAUUUACUUAGAUACGCUUUCGCUAG